AUGGCUUGGGGCGAGUUCACGUUCAAUCGGGAGGGGCGUUUGCGGAUCGCGGCCGUGCUGCGUGCGCUUCUGAUCGCUCAGCUGGCCAUCUCGCUGCUGGUGGUGCUGUUCUGCUACAACGCCUCGUUCCGGGUGAUGACGCUUUUGAAGCAGGUGCAUAAGAUAACUGUGUACUUAUUCUACGGUGUAAUCGUGUUGCAAGCGUACUGUAUGAAGCUGCAGUAUACGAGCGGCCUCCGCCUUAUAUCUUGGCUUCUGAAAUGUCCACACUGGCCACGGGCCACUGAGGCGGCUAAGACCUGGCUUAUAAGUGGAACACUUGUAGCCCUAAACGGCCUACUGGUAUACGCUGCCUGCAGAGGCACUUUGAAGGCUCUCAUGAAGGAACUCUCCGCGUCACUGCGAAUUGGGAUUGCGCAAUAUCUCACCGAAACCAAGUGGAAAUAUCUGAUGGAUACCAUGCAGAUAGAGCUAAGCUGUUGUGGUGUGGAGCGGCCGAACGAUUGGCACGACAUACCCUGGAUCAACAUGGACUACCUCAACGAAGGGUCGGUCGUUGUUAUGAAGUUAGCCGGCACUGAUGGCAAAGUGUUGCCACCGGUGUCGCCAUAUUCGUGCUGCACGCCUCGAGUCUUAGCAGCGUGCUAUCACGACCCUUUACAACAGGUUUUCUGUGGGUGCUUUGCUUUGGCGCUGACCGCAGAAGUGGUGGAACUUAUGGAUUGGCAACUUUUGAUGGGGCAGGUGGAGUGGCGAGGCGCCUGGUCGGCGGGCUCGCCGUUGCCGAGCGCGUCGCUUCACACAAGGGGCUGCGUGGAGGCGAUCCGCGCGCCCCUGGCGAGGGCGUUGCUCGGCCUGCAGCUCUUCAUCGUGCUGGUCUUAUUGCUGCAGUUUGUCAUUGUGAUACUGACUCAAUUGCUGCGCACCAGCGCCAUCGAAGCGGUGCUUAGCGGCGAUUUCGACGGCUGCGGCAGGGGCUGGCUGUUAGGCUCGCUAUCACCGGAAGAGAGAAGAAGAAUAGUA